CUUGAAUAAGUGCUUCCGGUUAAUGGUUGAUAGAUUUGUGUGCAACACGCUUGCCACUAGAAAUAACAUCCAUACGGCAGUUGUUGUUUUACAUUCACAUAUUGGAUUAUCUAAUAUACAACCAUGAAACCUAUUAUGCUCCAUGGCCAUGAAAGGUCCAUUACACAGAUCAAGUACAACAGAGAAGGAGAUCUCAUUUUUUCCAGUGCAAAAGAUCCCCAACCUAAUGUAUGGUACUCUCUCAAUGGAGAAAGAUUAGGCACAUUUGUGGGCCAUAAUGGUGCUGUUUGGUGCAUUGAUUGUAGCUGGGAUUCAUGUAAAGUACUGACAGGUGCUGCAGACAACACUUGUAAAAUCUGGGACUGUCAAACUGGCACACAGUUGAACUCCCUGGAAACAAGAACAGCAGUCAGAACAAAUGGAUUUUCUUACAGUGGGAACCUGAUCAUGUUUACUACAGACAAGACUAUGGGCUGUCCUUGUGAGAUACACAUUUAUGAUUUGAGAGAUGGAUCUCAAAUGGAAAGUGGCACCCCUUUAAAGACAAUCCCUAUAGAAGGGAAUACCAAAAAAAUUACUUCCGCUAUCUGGGGACCUUAUGAGGAUUUUAUACUAACUGGACAUGAGAACGGAGAGAUCAAUCAGUAUGAUUUUAAGACUGGACAUAAAUUGAAAGGCUGCUUGGACCACACAAAGCAAAUUAAUGAUAUACAGCCAUACAAAGACUACAGUAUGUUUAUUACCGCCUCUAAAGAUAAUACAGCCAGGCUGUUUGAUAUGGACACUCUUGAGCCAAAGAAAAUCUACAAAACAGAGAGACCUGUCAAUUCUGCUGCUAUCUCCCCACUCCAUGAUCAUGUUGUGGUGGGUGGUGGUCAAGAGGCCAUGCAGGUCACUACCACAAGCACUAGGGUUGGCAAGUUUGAUGCUCGUUUCUUCCAUCUUGUGUUUGAGGAAGAGUUUGGUAGGGUCAAGGGUCACUUUGGGCCCAUCAACAGUGUUGCAUUUCAUCCAGAUGGCAAAAGCUACAGUAGUGGAGGUGAAGAUGGUUAUGUUCGAGUACACUAUUUUGAUUCAAAUUAUUUGGACUUUUCUUUUGAGUAUUGAUAGAAUUGCAACUUAGAUAUUUAUUUGAUUGAAUUGUAAACAAACACACAAAAAAAGACAUUUACAAAUAAAUGAGCUGUACCUCAG